UGAUUGAACUUUCUUGUUUAGUUUCUGCAACGCUGAGGUUUCCCCCCCAGUCCAGUCCAGCACCAGAUCGGAGCUUAUCCGGGCGUCUCUUGCUCUCUGCGGCACCCCUUCCUCUCCUCAGCACCCACCCACCGCACAGCGAUGGUGCUAAAGGAUCCCGCCGUGUCUCUGACCCUUUUCCUUUGGAUUACGGCUUCCUGGGGCUGCCUGGCUACAGCUGCCGGGGUUGCUGCUGCUCGCAAGCAGGACGAGUCUUUCUCCACUGUCAGUGUCUACAGAGCCAGAUGCACCUCCAGGUGCCUGAGCCUGCAGAUCACUCGCAUAUCUGCCUUCUUCAAGCAUUUCCAGAACAAUGGCUCCCUUGUUUGGUGCCAGAAUCAUAAACAGUGUUCAAAGUGCCUGGAGCCCUGCAAAGAAUCUUGGGACUUGAAGAAAAACCAUUGCCAAAGUUUCUGUGAGCCUCUUUUCCCCAAGAAGAACUAUGAAUGCCUAACUAGCUGUGAAUUCCUCAAGUAUAUCCUGUCAGUGAAGCAAGGAGACUGCCCAGCACCUGAGAAGGCCAGCGGUUUUGCAGCUGCCUGCGUUGAAAGCUGUGAGGCUGACAGUGAAUGUUCUGGGGUGAAGAAAUGCUGCUCCAAUGGAUGUGGACAUACAUGUCAAGUACCAAAAAAUCUGUACAAAGGUGUUCCAUUGAAACCAAGGAAAGAAUUAAGAUUCACAGAACUUCAGUCUGGACAACUGGAGGUUAAGUGGUCUUCAAAAUUCAAUAUUUCAAUUGAGCCUGUGAUCUAUGUGGUGCAGAGGAGAUGGAAUUAUGGAAUCCAUCCCAGUGAAGAUGAUGCUACCAGCUGGCAAAUGGUGGCACAGACUACAGAGGAAAGAGUACAACUGUCUGACAUAAGACCCAGCAGGUGGUACCAAUUCCGAGUGGCAGCCGUUAAUGUGCAUGGAACAAGAGGCUUCACAGCACCCAGCAAGCACUUCCGCUCCUCUAAAGACCCAUCUGCUCCACCAGCCCCAGCUAAUCUCAGAAUUGCCAACUCCACUACAAAUAGUGAUGGAAGUGUAACUGUAAGGAUUAUUUGGGAUCUCCCAGAAGAACCUGAUAUCCCAGUUCAUCACUACAAAGUCUUCUGGAGCUGGACAGUCAGCAGCAAGUCUGUUAUCCCAGCUAAGAAGAAAAGAAGGAAGACUACUGAUGGGUCCCAAAAUUAUGUGGUCCUGGAAGGACUGCAACCCAACAGCAACUACAUGGUGGAACUGCAAGGAGUAACAUACUGGGGACAAGUACGACUAAAAAGCACCAAGGUGUCUCUCUAUUUCAGCUCAACUCAAACAACUAUUAAUAAAGAACAGACCUCUUCAAUUGGGAAAACCCGGAAAGGACUAGUUGAUCCUCUUCCACCCUUUCAAAGAAAGAGACCAGCUCGUCUUCUUGAAAUUGGAGCUCCUUUCUAUCAAGACAAUCAGCUUCAGGUCAAAGUCUACUGGAAGAAGACAGAAGACACUAGUAUGAGUCGAUAUCACGUCCAGUGGUUCCCAGAAUCCUGUGUGCACAAUGAAACUAAAGGGCCUGAAAAAGCAACUGGCCUGACCUAUGAAAACUACAUAAUUCUUCAGGACCUGUCAUUUUCAUGUAAAUAUAAAGUGACUGUUCAGCCAGCAAGAUCUAAAGGUCGUUUGAAGGCUGAAAGUAUUUUCUUUACCACCCCACCUUGCUCUGCUCUUAAAGGAAAAAACCACAAGCACAUUAGUUGUCCUGCUGAAGGAGCAUCAGUUCUCCCUAAAGUGCUGGCCAAACCCGAGAAUCUAUCUGCCUCUUUCAUUGUUCAGGAAGUAAAUAUUACUGGUCACUUUUCAUGGAAGAUAUCAAAGGCAAAUCUUCAUCAGCCUAUGACAGGUUUUCAAGUCACCUGGGCAGAGGUUACUACAGAGAGCAGACAAAACAGCUUACCCAACAGCAUCAUUUCCCAAUCACAGAUACUGCCAGCAGAUCAUUAUGUGCUGACUGUCCCCAACCUGAGGCCAUCAACACUUUACCGAUUAGAAGUGCAAGUGCUGACAACAGGCGGGGAGGGACCAGCUACAAUAAAAUCUUUCCGAACACCUGAUCUGCUGCCAUCUUCACCAUAUAGACCUCAUCUGAAACAGCACCAUCCACAUCACUACAAGCCACCCCCAGAAAAACACUAGACUGCUUCAGAUGAUUAAACAAAUAACUGAGAGAAAAACUGAGCUCCCACAAGAAGACCAGAAAAAUGCACAUCUGUAGGAACAAUGAAUCAAUUUUUUCCAGUGGAAGUUAUCUUCCUGUAUGAUUUGUAGCUACUUCUACAUAGUUUAAGCAUGAAGAAUAGUAUUUGUACCAAUGCCAGGUUGAAAUGUACAGCAACUAUCAUGACAGUACCACCCCUAUUCUGCUAACUGAAGAUUGCAUCCAAUUCAACACAUCUGAGAAAAAUCAAAUAUAUGUUUGUUGUAAUAACAUUUUGUUUCCUAGGUUUAAAGUACAUUGAAGGGGUGCAGUGAAUAACAGAGGGUUUUGUUUUCCUAAUCUUUAUAACAAUAUCUGAGACAUUGUUCUUUUAUGUAUACAUAACUUAGAAAGCCAGAGGUCAGAUCUUCAGCUGGGGUAAAUUAGCACCUCUCAGUUGAACUCGGUGAAGCUGAGCCAAUUUACAUCAGCUAAGCCUAUACAGUAAAUAGAGUUUGCCAUUAAAAGGAGAUCUCUAUUUAUCUAAAAUAAGUGCACAACCAAAUAAAUAGGAAUAACAGAAACAUACAGUUCAGUCUGCAAUGGAAACUACUAUUAACUUAACAACAACAAAAGUAGAUCAUACUAGCUGAUGUAUUUUCUUAGUAGUAUAUCUAUAUUUUGUGUGGAAAUGGUAUCAUGAAGCUCUCUCCUUAACAAAAUGUGUUAACAAGGGAGAUUUUCAAAGGCAUAAAUUGCAGUUAGGUGCCUAACUUCCACUGGUGUUCUAUAGUAGCUGGACACAUGCCUUUGAAAAUCUCCCCUAAUUUGUUUUUUUAUAUAGAUAUUGAAGAGAAUCCUGUAUUUUCCCUGUUAGAGAACUAAAUAGUGAAUUUUAGACAUCAGCAUUCCAAGUUACUUUGGGGUUUCUUUGGCUUUUGGAUGUGCAUAUCUAUUUCCCCUAAGGAUCUUUUGGACAGUAGAAUGGCUGUGCUGGCUACAUGGUACUCCGCUCACAGAAUUAUGUGACAAUACAAUGAUGUCUGGAAGUCAUUCGCUUGUAAUUUAUUUGACUGCAUUUUUCAAAUUCAGGCAUGAAGGGUACCCUGUUUUUUAACUAUAAGGGAAUGCAGGUGACCUUAUUGUGCAAUGUAAACAGGAAGAGUAAUUUGCCACAGAGAGACAGUCUUCAAUAGUAAAGAGAAACUGCUUGGCUUUAUGAUCAGAAUGAUGGAAAAUUUGCCUCUAUACACUGUGGCCAUACAAAUAAUCCUGAUGACGCAACCUCAUGUCCAAAAAAUUGCUGUCUCUGCGUUCUCAUCUGCAGAUUACAUUACACAUCUUUAAAUGAGAAUAAUACAUCUCAAGCUUUCUGUAACUUGAAAUUGACAAAUAACUUCAUGGAAUCCCCCAACAACAAGCACCACAAAAACAAACAAACCCAAAUCUGACUACAGAUAAAGUUUCUGUAUUCGACUUCUUCCUCAGAUACCCUCAGAGGAGGAAAUGCUCCUUGUCAAAACAACAAUAAAUAUUCUGAAGAACACUAAACAAAAAGAUAACAUAACUGUGCCUGAGACUGAAAGAAAAUGGCUAUGCUCAGCAUACCACAGCACAGAAGAAAUUCAAAUACAGAUCAUCUGCAUUGAAAAGAUUUGACCAGGUUGAUGCUACCAAGAGUCAAGAGCCCCACUGCAAUUUAUGACUAGUUUGUUCAUUCAGUUUUUCCAGUAUUUGAAUU